UUGCCCUUCUCAUUCAUUCCACGAGCCCAGGCGCUUCCUCUCCGCGCCAUGGAGCUGGAGCUCGAAAGCGGCGGCGGGGGAAGCAGGGCGGUGUCCCUAGCCGUUGACUCCCCAACGGCCGACCUCGGCCGCGGGGACCUGGGCGGCGACGGCGGCGGCCCCUCCGCGGACCGCACCGUCUCCCGCCGCCACGUGUCUCUCCGCCUCCUCGACGAAGGCGGCGAGCCCGGGGUCGCAUUCGAGGUCGUAGGCAGGAACCCCGUGGUCGUCCGCUCGCCGAACGGCGGGAGCAGCGUUGUGUUCCGGCGCGGGGAGAAGGGCGAUCUCAGGCCCGGGGACGCGCUGUCGCUGUCGCUGAAGGCGCCUGCGUUCUGGGUGGUGCGGAGGAGGGAGGGGAACGGGGAAGGUGAUGCGGAGGUGGAGGUGGAGGCCGCCGUGCUGGACGCGGUGGCGAGGCGGGAGAAGCGGACGCGGGAGCGGAAGGAGAGGGAGAGGGAGAAGCGGGCUGCGGAGGAAGAGGCCGUCGAGGUCACCGAAGAGGAAGAGGGGGCGGCGGGCUCUGAUGUGGAGGGUUUGGACAUUGAUUUAGCGAGCAUAGAUCCAGUUCGAGAAUUUGGGUUCUUGUCAAUGGGCCAUGAAUUUGAUAGUUAUCCAAAGGGAAGGAUUCGUGCUCCAAAGGAUUGGAAUUGGUUCCUGGAGGAAACAAAGAGAAGCUCCGAUGAUGAAGAUGAUGAGGUUAGCAACAGGAGAGGUAGAUCAAAAGCUUUGGGUCGGAACAAGAAGAAUAAAGAUGGAGAGGGUGAUGAUGAAGACUGGACUGAUGAGAGCGAGGAUGAAAAGGAAUCCCUGGCAAGAGGUCCUAGCGUCAAGAGAUCAAAGUAUGUGACAAGAUCUAAAGACCCGAAAAAGCCUCGUCAGGAGAACUCAAAGGUUAAAGGUGGGGAUAAUGAUGACGAGGAUGAAGAGGUUGAGGAAGAAGAGGACGAGGAAGAUGAGACUCUGGGAGGUUUUGUAGUUAAUGACGAGGACGAUGAGCCUAUGGAAGAGCUGAGCGAUGAAGAGGAGGAAGAGGAGGAAUUUGACGACGAGGAAGAUGAUGAUUGAUAGCAGUAUCGGAAAUCGGCCACCUUCUCGGUGAUGAUGUAAAGUGCUGACAAGUAGAUUUUCCUAAGCUACAAGUAGUUUUAUUUUUGUCCUCCUUUGAACUUGUGUAAAUACUGUUUGACAAAUGUUGGGAGUGUUGCUUCUGAAAGAAUGGCGUGUUUGUUAGCUCA